UAAUCAAACUUGUUUAGGCUUAGGCUUAGGUGUGUAUCAUACACUGUAUGAUAUGCCAAUAUAGGCAUGGGCCGCAUGAAAAACUUACUAUAUUCUAUAUCCUGAGGGGCCGCAAUAAAAAAUCAGUUGCAAAACAGCUUACUAGUUUUAUGAAAAUUAGAAGCAAUACAAUAGUUCAAUAAUAAAUGGCAUAGAUGUCCCUUAGUUGCGGCUUAGUUAGCUAAAUUUGCAGUACAUUUUCAUAAUUAAAAACUACUAAGAUUGCGCAUUUUUUCUUUGUCCUGAUGCUUGACAUAUUUCUGGGUUACAAGUGUAUUAAUAUCGGGUGGAAGUUUGUUUGUCACUCAAGUCACUGACACUAUCAUCACUGACAACAAAUUUUGAUCAGAUAAUCUUGAACGGUGAGGUGAUUUGUAGCUUUCAUUAUAGAAAAGAACUGCUCACAGAGAUCAGUGCUUGCAAAAAUAGCUAGAAUUCUUGCUGCUAAUUUCCGCAAUUGAACGUACUGUUUAGGUAAAUAACUAAAUUUUGGCGCAGCCACUUUAUUCUUCGCUUUCAACAAAGAAUCUAACUGCUAUUCUAUCAGCUCUAGUUGCACAUUACCAGCAGCAUUUUCAGAAGCAAAUGAAAAUGGAGAUAAAAACAACGAAAAUUCUUGCUCGUAUCAAACGAAAUCAUGAAAACGCCAGUGAAAGCAUCUACUAACGAUUCCAGGUGUAAGACAUAUUUACCAAAUGUUGUAGCCGUAUUUAAUCUUUUUAGUUCCUGACUAGUGAACAAGAUUUUCUCUUCUUAUUUGAUUUAUCCACAGUCGUAAUUUUGCUUGAAAGCACUUCACAUGAUCACACACAGUUGUGACAAUUUAGUCUUUACUUUGAAGUUUCAAAUUCAAGUCAUGCAGGUGACCAGUGAGAUCAAUUGCAAAUGCCAAAUCCUGAACCCAUUCGUCAGUAUGGAAAUGUUCAACAGGUUCACCUUUCAUGUUCAGAAACAAUACAAUUUCUUCACGCAGUACAACAAAUCUCUUCAAUUCUUUAUGACUGGAGAGCCAGCAAAUUUCGUGUCCAAUGUCAUUCAGAAACAUUGAAAAUUGGCGAUGAUUUAAGCCACUUGUCACGAAUAAAAUUGAUAGUGACUGAAACUAGUCUUAUGACAUGCUGGAAUUGUAAUUGCUUUGUGCAUUAUGUUUCUUGGUGAAUGAUGCACUGAAAAUGAGCAAAUUUAAAAUUAGCAUUAUUUUAGUCUCUCUUAUUUUUGCAAGUAGCUUUGCAUCAAAACUAUUUCAUAAUGGUUAGUGCUCUAUCCGUUGUUAGACUAGCUAGCUUUACCAAAGGUAAAUUGUUCUGCAAUAUCACCUCCUGUAAUUUCUCAAAAACAUCCUCGCUUGUUGUUGUGGUGUUAUGUGUAGAUAAUCAAGCUGAAGUAGCUCCUCGUGUAUCUCAAAAUUCUUGUCACAAGCCCUUAUGAGUAUAGCCAACUGUGCUAUACCCGUUACAUCAGUUGACUUAUAGUGAACCAAUGAGAAUAUUUCAAAAUCUAUUUUGUUCUUUAAUUGUUCACACAAGCUGACUUACAAGUCAAUUAUUCUAUCUGCCACAGUGUUACUAGUUUAAGUUAUUUCUUUUAAUGCUUUCAACUUUUCUGGACUUCCGCAGCUUUAAAGACACACUCCUUCAUAAAAUUCCUUUCAUUAAAUGAUUCGCUAUGGCUUGCAAUAAAGUUUGAAAAAAAUGUAGCUGGCUUUCACCGCAGACUCAAUCUCGUUGUUCAGUUUAACAAAUACAAUUUUUCAUUUCAAGUAACUUGUCAUCUUUUAUUUUCCAGCGUAAUAGUUUAAGUUAAAACAUUAUUUUGAUAAUUUUUGAGGUGGCCAAGCGGGCGCAUGCAAGGUGGUCGCGGGCCUCAUGUGGCCCCAGAACGCCGUGUUUGACAUGCCUGAUCUACAAGAACAAAUGCAUCACAGUAUUCACAGCCAAGUAACCACAGUUACCACAGUGUCCACUGACCACAGUAGACGAGUAGACAGUAGUCUUGAGUAGUGACACUAGUCACUAACUAGUAGACUUAGUAGUUUAGUGACAGUUUUAAAAGUAUCAAGUUGAAAAGAAAUCUUGACUAGAUAUAUAGGCCUAUAAAUAUCUAGAUCUAGCUCUCAGCCCUGGCUCUAGGACUCUACUCUCUAGAUCUAGGGACAGGGUUAGGUUGCAGCUACAUUAGCCUUGUGGCAUUCAGAAAACAAUAUCAAGACUUGGUUGCAUCACUUCAGUCCAAACAAUGGAAGGUGGAAGAUGGGGAUUGGUGAUCAUUUUUGCAGCUUUCAUGAUUCAAGUUUUAACUUUUGGCACCACUGCAGCUGUUGGUGUCUACAACAUGGAACUGUUGGACUAUUUUGGUGAAGAAGCUACUGUGCAGGUUUCAUUAAUUGGAGCGAUAAACUAUGGAAUUUUUCUUGGAUCAGGUCCAAUUGUCAGUUUCUUGAUGACAAAAUUUACUUACAGGCAGAUUACCUUGUUUGGUUCACUGCUUACUGUAAUUGGUCUUUUGGGCAUGCCCAUUUUGCCAUAUAUACCUUCAUUGUGUAUCUGUUUCGGAUUACUCACCGGAUUUGGUAGCUGUUGUUGCUAUGUCCCAUCACAUGUGCUGAGUGGGUUAUACUUUGAGAAAUAUCGUAGCUUAGCAACAGGUGUGACAACCAGUGGCUCAGGCCUGGGUGGUGCCAUCAUGCCAGUCAUAGCUGGUCUCCUCAUAGACAUGUAUUCAUGGAAAGGCUCUUUGAUUGUGGUGGCUGGUCUAUGUUUGAAUUUGUUUGUCUUCUCUUCCUUGUUGCGUGAACCACCUCCCUUUGUUUUAGAGGAAAUUGUUGAGGAGCCAAGUGUUCAAAGCAAUCAACUCAUCUCCAGCACACAGGCAGUCAGCAUUUCCCCUACAUAUGUUGAAAGUGAUAGUAGUGUUUUGGGAUUAGGUUUGAACAGGAAGGACUACGUCAAUAAUGAUGAUGGUACAACUGUGGAUGCUAAGCCUUUAGUCGUAAAUAAUGAACCCAGGGAAAUUGAUGCAGAAAUAAAGAAAAAUGCUCAAAAUGAUGCCAAUAAUUCAUAUGAUUUUAAAAAACCUUUGCUUGAUCGCUUGACAAAUCAUCAUUCCAUAUCCCUGAAUUCACUUUCAGCUGUUGGUGCUACAAGGGGCUCUAGCCUAUUGGUUUUGGACAAGUCAAAUCACUCGAAAAUGUCUACACAAGAAACUAAAUCAGAAUCUCCACCCUUAAAACCUCCAAAGUCUUCAAGACACAUCUUUAUAUUCACACACAGUGGUUUCAACAUUUACUUUCUCAGCAAUAUCAUGUGGAAUGCUGGAUUUUCCAUUGUCAAUUCCUUUGCCCCAGAAUUUCUUCGAGAGAGGGGGAUGUCACCUAUUGUUGCAGCCUAUCUUGUUGGCGGUUGUGGAUUUGGUUGUUUCUUAGGAGGCAUAUUUGGUGGAGUAUUUGGGAAUUUCAAAUUUGUGAACAGGCAAGCUUUUUAUAUUGUUUCAAACUUGCUGUGUGGCUUUACAUUAAUUAUAUUUCCAUUCUACGAUGAUAUAGUCUUCUAUGCACUGUGUCUCAUAGGAAAUGGACUAUUUUUUGGUGUUAUAUUAGGGCUUCUCAUUAUCCUACUGACAGACCUUAUAGGUGUGGAGAGUUUAGAAAAUGGACUUGGUUAUCUCAUGCUAUCAAAUGGAGUUGGUACAUUUAUUGGACCACCAUUAGCAGGUCUCAUCAAAGACAACACAGGUGAUUUUGAUGGUGGCAUGAUAUUUGCUGGAGUCCUGUUCCUGUUUGGUGCUUUCAUCAUGCUGCUAAUGCCCUGCAAGCAGGUGUUCACAAAGUGUUCCACUAAGUAACCUCUCUUUGUUUUGUUUCUUAGGUUUAUAUCUAUACGAUUUUUCUAUCAUUUAUUUAUUGACAAAUAUAUAGUAACUUAUUUUAUCAUUGAAUAUGUAUAUCUUGACAGUUGAGUAGGGACAUUUUUGACUACCAGUGAAGGCUGUGUUUUUUUAUUACCAGUGAAAGCUGUGUUUUUUAAUGUUGUCAGUUGGGCAUUGUAUUGGUUACAUGACACCUUAAUUGACCAUUGGCCACUUGUACUUGUACGUAUAACUUCCCAAAGGCACUUUACCUUGAUCUUGAAGUCAACACUUUUUUGUUUCAUUUCUCAAAAUAAUGGCUUUUAUUUUGUUUUAUUUUACAACAAAAUAGUGACACAACAGUAUAUCCUUUCUCCAACUAAUAUUUAUUUAUUUAUAGUUAUUCCAUUUUUAUAUUAUCAUGAUUAUCUAUUAUCAUGACUAUUUAUAUUCUUUUAAAGGGAAACUCCGAUGGUUUUGACAAUUUUUGAUAUAAUAUGUGUUUUGAUUUAUAGACAAUGAAUAUAUUAUCCUUUUUUUUUUAUUUGCAAGAAUAACUUAGUAAUUGAUGUUUUUGUGACAUAAUUUUUCUGCGCAUCCAAAACAGUCAGAUUUUCACUGAAUUUCUGUGUGACGUCACGAGUGUGCACUCAAAUCCUAUAGAUAGGGAGGCGAAAAAAAAAUAUCUUUGAUAAAAAAUUUUUUCGUUAGGACAUCAUUAAAAUACUUUAAAAGAAAUUUCUAAUGGUGUAUAAAUUAUGACUAUAUGUUUGACAGUAAGCAAGUUAUGAUUUUUUUGUGCCGUUUUGACCUAACAUUGGUUGACAUGGAAAAAGUGAUGAGAGAGCUUGUCGCUGGCUCAGCCGGCGAGACACACCCCCAAGGUCAAAAGUUAAAAAGUUGGAAUUGAGUUUCGUAGACGAUAGAUCUACUUAUUAAAUAAGAAAUUUAAUAGUAGAUCUAGUAUUCGUAGUAAAUUUCUAACUCACAAAUCUGAUUUCAUUUAUAUUUAUGAACUUCAGUUGUUUAAAAUGUCUCAGUAGUAUCAUUAAUUGAAUUCUUUGGCCUGGAAAUCCAAUGUAUUGUUGGUACUGCACCUGGUAUUAACUUCAAUUGUUUUCAAAUCCCAUUUCCACAGCAAUGAAGUUGCUGAAACAGCUUCUCUCAAAAUGGUUUGAGCAUAAACAGGAAUUAGCUAAUGCCUUUGAUUUCCGCCCAGUAGCACUAACACCUAUUGUUAUGAAAUGUUUUGAAAAAUAUAUCCUUAAACAACUUGUAGCAAAAGUCAAUAACAGCCUAGACCCUCACCAAUUAGCAUACAAAGCAGCUAGAGGAACUGAGGAUGCCAUUCUAUUGCUUUUGGACCAGCUUUAUAAGCAUCUCGAUAUACCCAAAACAUAUGCACGAGUCCUCUUCGUAGAUUUCUCCUCGGCUUUCAAUACCAUACAGCCACAUCUAAUGAUAAACAAACUGAGUAACUUAAAUGCAAGCCCUUACUUGCAAGCAUGGGUUCUAAACUUUUUAACCCAACGGCCCCAGUAUGUUAAAGUCAACAACACCAAAUCGUCAACUCGAGUACUAUGUACGGGUGCUCCACAAGGUUGUGUACUUUCUCCUGUACUAUACACUCUUUACACUAAUGAUAUAAGAAGCAUCUAUGACUCAGUUAAACUCAUUAAAUUCGCUGAUGAUACUGCCAUAGUCGGUCUUAUUUCAGGAGAUGAAACUCAGUAUCGAAGCUAGAUAGAAGAGUUUACAAACUGGUGCACCGACAACUUUCUAGAACUGAAUGUAACAAAAACUAAAGAACUUAUAAUAGAUUUUAGAAAGAAAAAACAAACUAUACGUGAACUGCAAAUAAACACUACAUCUAUAGAACAAGUAAAGGCUUAUAAAUAUCUGGGCGUUAUCAUCAACAACAAGCUUUCAUGGGAAGACCACCUUGGAACUUGACAAAGAAAACAGCCCAGUGACUCUUUUUUCUAUACAAACUCAACAGUUUUAAAUUAAACAAGAAGAUCCUUGAGACAUUUUACGGCGCGACUGUACAAAAUCUGCUAACAUAUGGAAUAAGUUGUUGGCAAGGCAACGCCUCAUCUAAACUGUUGCAACGUCUAGAAAACAUCAUUAAAAAAGCAUCAAAAAUUACACUCACAACAUUACCACAUUUAAAGGAACUUUUUGAACAAACGUGCCUAAGAAAAAUCGAAAAAAUCUUGGAAGACAACGGCCACCCGCUCCAUCAGAACUACGCCAGGUCGUCGCGAAGUGGGCGACUGCUGUCAAUCAAAACAAGAACGGAGCGGUACAAAAACUCUUUCGUACCUCACUCGGUCAGACUCUAUCACCGCCACCCAUUGAUCAGGGAACAUGAAAUGCACCAAGAUACCUGUGUGUAGUCGCUGAAUGAACUCUUUAUGUUGUCUGUUGUAUUUAUGUGUAUUUUUCUGUUGUGUUGUCUUUAUAUGAGAAACGAGUCCUUGUAAUCACAACAAAUUUCCGUAAGGAUCAAUAAAGCAGUCUUAGUCUUAGUCUUAGUCUUAGUCUCUUAAAAAUAUUUGCUCUUCAGGCGAAUAAUUUUUUCCCAUUUUCCCUUUAAAACUUCAUCUCUUGGAAACAAAUGAAAAGAGACAGUAAUUUCAGUAUCAGCAUACUUGCUGAUUUUAUCUUUGUGAUUGGAACUACUGCAACAAGCUGAAUAACAAUAUUUCAUUUUCUUCAAGUAGAAAUAGAGGUUUAGAUCUAGAAUAUUAUUUAUAAACAAAGACCGAUUAUAAAUCAACGUGGAGACUACAUCUAGCUGUGAAGCGUAACAAUAAAUGCGAUCUGAUAGGUCUAGAUCUAGACUAGAGAGUUUAUCGGUUAUACAGGUCUAGAUCUAAAUUUAGCCAGCACCCUUGUGACGUCACGUUUUUAAAAACUAAAAACAUCUCGCAGAACCCCGUUUUUUUGGGGGCGUGAAGAAUUUUCUGUCUAAUUUAUUAAAUAUAAAAUUUUCCGAGCAUUUAAAUAAAAAAUGAUAUAAUGUUUACUAUUACAACUUUUUACGCAGAAUUUAAAUAUGUCAAUAACUAAAAUUUGAAAAACUAUCGGAGUUUCCCUUUAAGAUCUUGAAAACUUUUUUAAUGACUUUGUUGCCUACAAAGUAUUUCACAAGUAGUUAGGGAAGAUUUUCUUUUUCAGAAAUGUUUAAAUUAAGAAAAAUAAUUUUAUAAAUAAUUGCAUUUAAUAUUUACUUUGAAAAAAAGAAAGUGUUUAGGCAUAAUCUUUAAUAUACAUACUAAAUUAUAACUUCAGUAACUUAUUAAUUUAAUUUUUUUUAGCUUUGGUCUGCAUUGUGAAAAUUGAAAACUUUUUAAAAAGAAAAUAUUUUUAAUAAUAUACACUGAUUUUGAAUAUGUUGAUGUGGUUUUUUCAUAUCUGUUGUGGCAUGUUAUAUAUAUAUAUAUAUAUAUAUAUAUAUAUAUAUAUAUAUUAUACACACAUACAUAUAAUGCACAUUACAUUGUAGUGUAAUCUAGUUAUUCACUGUAUUAAAACUUUCUAAUUAUUUGACAGAUAUUUAGCCUUUUUAGUUACUUUUUAAGUCUUUUUUAAAGAAACCUUUUCCCCCGUCAAUAUUUUAUUAGCUGUACAUAUAUAUAUAUAUAUAUAUAUAUAUAUAUAUUAAAUGUUAUUUUAUUCUGAUAAUAUAGACAUCUGAAAUUUUGUAAGGAUGUUUUCUUUAAUCAAAACUUACUCAUUUCAGUUGAUAGAAAAAGUAAAAUGAUUAACUAAGACUAAUUCAUAGAUAAUAAAAGUACUAUAACAAUCAAUGUUCUAUUAAAGAUAAGAACAAAUUUUAUGUUUAUUAGGGUCAUCCCAAAAGACUAAUUAGCUUUAGAUUUGUAAUUGAAGAAAAUUAUUCAUUUCAAUGUGAUUAACUAUACAUUGUAAAGUAAAAAUGAAAUAUUUUAGGGUAAAAUAAAUACUAUAUGUUCACAUUGCUUAUGUGUGAAAGCUGGUAACCAUAUCAAUCAUUGAUACUUAAAAGGAUUCUUGUAACUUUAUUGAGCAGAUUUUAUUUUUUGGUAUUGGUGUUGAAGAAUUUGUAUUUGUUUUGCCUGUGAUAUUACCCCAGGAAUUUUUACAGAAAAGUUUAGGCUAUCUUAAAGGCUAAUCAGCCUCAUUUUUUAAAGCUUGAUUUGGAAAAAAAAAAAAUCCAAGUUUGUUUCCUAAUAUGGAAAUAGAAAAAAAAAACAUGUUAUCAUGAUACAGUAGACAUUGUGCUUCUGGUAUUAUUGUAUGCAACUUGUUGAUGAACUCAUUUCUUUCAGGCAAAGGCCAACAUGAUAUUUUUGUAAAGUUUUUGUUUAUUUUUGUUGUAAAAGAUAAACAUUUUAAAAUAUUAUUCAUUCAUUUGAGAGAUUUAUUUGCUCAAUGUCCAUAGUUUCAUUGUAUUGAUACAUUGGGUAACAUGGAAUAAUUUUUUAGUAAAUUUUAACAUUGUAUUAUGUUUUAGUGAAUAAAAACAAACAAACAGGUAAGCUGGUGCAACAAAGUAGAGGCUUUUUAUUUCAUUGGAGAAUUUAAAAAAGAUGAUUCUUUUUUUAUCAUCAAAGCAGCAAGCAUGGAACAUUUCACAAGUACCAGUCCCUUCAUAAAUGUUCACCAGAAUUAAAGCAUGUAUGUCUUGUACAUUUUAGUCAUUGAAACUUAAAAAUGUCAUUUGUAUUCUCUCUUUGGUAUUAUGUUAUGCAAUAGUUUUUGAAAAAAAAAAAUUAGAAUCUCUAAAUUUUUCUAUUAUAAUUCUAUUUUUUGGUAAUGAAUUUGGAUUUGAAUAUUUAUUUGGUUAUACUGAAUGAGUUUUUUUUUACAAUUGAACUAUCUCUGGACUGUAUCAAGACUCAUUGAAAUUGUUUAUAUCAAAGUUAUAUGUUGAUGUGUUGUAUUAACUUUUUUUUACUAUCAUCUACAAACAGAGAAUGCAAGCUGAAAUUUAUGAUAACAUUUUUUGGGCAUUUCAUGACUUGUGGUGCAAUACAGAAGGAGCAGGGGAGCAGAGGGAUAGUCUCUCUCACUUCAUACAUGUCUAUUUUAACACUUUGAACAGAUUGUGUCUACUUUUGAUAACAUUGAUUGCUUUUCUUUUUUUCCCUUUGACUUGAAGUACUUACCUCUUGACAACUACAUUGACAUUUUUAUUCCAGAAUAUUCAGUUAAUGAUAUGAUUACAAAAGUCAUGUGAUGAUUAUAGGAUUUCAGCAUAAGUGCAUAAUAUAGAAAAAAUUCUGAAAGAAAAAUUCUUAAGAAAAAUUAAAUUAAGAUUUCUACUUAUAUCACAGUUUUGAUUUUGAUAUUAUUUCCUAUAUUGGUUAAUAAUUUGGAUGUCAAAUGGAAUAAUGUUUUGUGCAAAAUUGAAACUAGAAAGUUUAAUUUUAUUAAGAGCAAUAUCAGAUUUGAAAUGUAAGUUUUCUUUGUGUUUACAAUCACAAAAAAUGUAAAUAAACACAAGAAAGUUAUAAAAAUGCAAAAUUUUUGGGACGAAAGGGUCAGUGUUUUAGAUAAGAAUUGUUUUACAAAUGUAACAAAAAAACUAAGAGAAGUAUUUUGUGACUUUGUCCUAUCCCUCUCUCUCUCUCUCUCUCUCUUUCUCCCUCCAUCUCUCUCUGUCUCUCUCCCUCCAUCUCUCUCUCUCUGUCUCUCUCCCUCCAUCUCUCUCUGUUUAUUUCCCUUUGACCAACUUUUUAUUCUGAUAUUUAUCUUGUACACCUGAAAUAUUUGUUACUUCAAUGUUUUCAGAGAAUGUAUACAUAAUACCUUCAUUUUGAUUGUUAAAACUGAACAUUGGAGCAUUUAACUGAUAACUUUUUGUUUUGUUUUCCUUUUUUUCUUUGAUAUAACUGAAGCUGCCAAUAUUCUGCCAAUAUUCUAUCUUUUCAAUUAAAUCCGCACAUUUUUUCGUGUGAUUUUAGUAUUAUUAACAUCUAAAAAUACUAAUUAGUUUUAUUGAAACAUUGUUGAUAUUCAAUACAUUAUGAAUUCUUUCUAUUAUUGUGUAGUUAUUUAUUUAGUUUCUAUAUAAUAUUGCUUUGUUGAGUGGCAAACAACAACUCGUACACAACUCAUUUAUAGAAUUAUCUUUUUACAAUUUGUUUGGAUCAUUAUUAUUUUUUUCUUACGGCCAUUACAAUUUUUAAGUUGUCAAAUGUAUUGAAAGCGAAAGAAAGUAUUUAAAUUAAUUUACUGAACAGUUUCUUUUUUUUUUUUUUUGUACCAUUAUAUUUAUAUGAACAACAAAUACAAUGGCAUUCACAGAUGUUA